UGUGACAAUUGUUAUUUUCAGUGGAGCGAAGGAGGGAUUUGCAGACGAUGAUAUGUAGGCGGUCUUCUCCGUUUAAUUCGUGUUUUACUAAGUAAUUGUUUUGAAAACUGGAUUCAGUUGAAUAUUUUAGGUUGUUUCUUCAUGGGAAGAUUGUAUGAUGGAUUACAGGGGGAAUAUAAAUGCUGUUGCUGCAUCAUCAAGUUUCUACGUUUCAAUCCUCUUUCCUAUAAAAGGGCGGAACAAAUGAGGACAUAUGACUACUACUUUCAAACUAAUAUCAAAUGACUGCAGUUGCUGUUGACAUCGUUGACAAGUGAAUUACUAUGCGAUUUCGAAUUGCAAAGUUAAUCACAUUUAUUGUGGUUGUGCUCAAUGUAUUUGUUUUAUAUUGCAUUUGGAGCUUAUUUUCUAGAAAUGAUGUUCAAGUCAUACAACUAAAUAAACCAUGGAUUAGUACACCCUCUCCACAGACUGUGAAUUACGUAGAAAAUUCUUUAACAAUAAUAAUUAGAAAGUUUGAGUCCUUUGAGAAUGAUAUAACAAAGACUGUAGGAUCUGUAUUGUCUAUAUUGCCAAAUAUAACCAUCUUAAUAGUGAGUGAUGGUCUGCCUUAUCCUCCACUAGGAAUAUUGAACAAUAUAAAAAAUGUUAAAGUUAUAAAUCUACAGUUUCAACUUGGACAUUCUAAUGAAGAAAGGAAUCCAUUAUACUAUGUUAGUACAGAGUAUGUUUUGUUUAUUCCUGAUUCAACUAGAAUUCUGUCUGAACAUUCCUUGCAUAGCAUGAUUUUUGAAUUGAAGAAACACUCCAAUAACAUCAUAGCAGCUCCGUUCUCAGGCACAAAGACGGUUAAUUGUUUGAAUAUACAUAUGAAUAUUAGGGAAUGGAUCAUACAGUAUGACAUAGCAGAUGGUGAUUUAUGUGAUGCUGUGAGAGGAAAGCAUGCUAUUUUAAUAGAAAGUGUUACUCUAAAGAAACUGCCAGAAGCAUUAAUGCAUCCUUUUCCAGAUGCAUUAUAUAUCCAAACAGCAGCAACAGGUAUUAAAGUGCAGUUACUGCAGAAUACUUUGUUUACUGAUGGCAGUUCAUUGUUCAAAAGCCAUCAUGCACAAUGGAAGGUUCAACAACUUGAACAUGCUCAACAGCAACAAAUGUUUCAAAACAUGGGACUGAAGAAAGUGGUAAGGGAAACAGGAACUGUCGAGUGGUAUGGUUGCAACAGGGAUUUGCCUCGCUGUUUUGGCACCGUCGUGGAUGACAUGCCUCAGUAUCUGUGGGAAGGGAGGUGGACACCUCCCUGUUGCUUGGCCGGAUUACGCCAAACUGCUCGGCACGUAUUUGCCCGUCUGGACGAGGCUGGCGUACGUUACUGGCUGGAAGGUGGCAGUCUUCUUGGUGCCAUGCGGGCUGCAGAUAUUCUACCAUGGGACUAUGAUGUAGACAUUGGUAUGUUUCGUGAAGAUAUAGGUCGCUGUCCAUGGUUGGUACGUGCCCACACUCAAUCUGUUGUUGAUAAUGACGGUUUUGUUUGGGAGAAAGCUUCAGAAGGUGAUUUCUUCCGUGUUCAGUUUAGUCGUGUCAAUCACUUGCACGUAGAUAUAUUUCCAUUUUACCAGCGCAACAAUACAAUGACAAAGGACACCUGGUUUCCCACCCAUAAGCAAGACAGAGAAUUCCCUGAUCAUUUCCUACAUCCAAUAGCAAGCAUUGACUUCAUAGGACAAAAAGUACCUGCGCCAAAUAACAUACGGGAUUUUCUUGAAUUUAAAUUUGGAAAAGGAGUUAUUGAAUAUCCUCAAUAUCCAGAUCCAAAAAAAAUUAAGUUUUCUGUGGGGGAAGAUGUGGUUAUCCAAACAAUAAACUGAUCAGCAACACUGUAAGACAUGUAUCAGUUUAAAAACAAGUUCUCUCUAGUUCAAAUGUGUUUCACACAGAGAAGUAUAUUUUGUUUUGUUAUUAAAUAUGGCAGACACAAAAGUAUGAAUGUCAAGAUAACGCUAUAAAAGUCUUUGUUUCAUGAACAAGGCUGGAGAAAAUUUCAGUUAUUGAGCUGUGUGAGGCUAGUUUGUUUUAUUGUGAUGAUACCGUUAUGCAAGGUCAAAUAUAAAUUUGUGAUACUUCAGCAUUAUAGCCAGUUCAUAAGGCAGAUUUAUUAACUUUUCUUGGAUGCAAGAUUUUUUUCUUGAAAUACAUCGAGUAACUCGCUUUAUGUCGGUGAGAGCUUAGGUUCCCAUGGCAAGAAAGGUUGUAGCACCUGACAGUCUGGUAGAUAUUGAUUGAUGUUUCAGAGGAGCUUACAGCCUGAACAAAUGAAGUUCUAAUGCUGAUUCUUUUGUGAAAACGAUUUAAAAUGAAAAUGUUCCUACAAAAAUGAAUAUGAUACAUACAUGCUCUUAUUUAACUUCAGUAUAAGUUACUUCUUAGUCUGCAAUUUACAUAUUCCUUUUCAUGAGACUCAGAAGUUACGAGAGUUUUGCAGAACAUAUUUUUGUCUUUGCCACACAGACUGCAUAACUCACAGGACUUUUUUAUGUACCUGGGAAGAAACUUCAAACUUUUUGUCCUUGAGGUUUGUACAAUAUCUUUCAAAUUAGUGCAUGUCCAUAAUAUUUCUGCGGAAUAUAAAACAAAACAAAUAUUUCUGUAGGUUUUAAAUUUAAAAUUUAUUAUUCUGUUACAUACUUUUGUCUGAUUUUAAUAUCUAUUUUGUUUCUUAUAUAAAAUUAUUACCAUCUAUUGUAUAAUAAUUACUGAGUAUAUUGAACAUAUGUGGCAUAAUUCUUCCAAAUGAUGUGCCAAAUCUGUCUACAGUACAUGUUAAAAACAGUGUAGUCCUUUUAACCUUGUUAUCACAAUAUUAAACAGUAAAUUCUUGGAUACCACAGAAUAUGUACUAGAUGAGUGUGUCUCAAUCGCCGUAUACACACUUGAGCAUGUGUUUCUUACAUAAAGAAAUAUUACAAAAUAUUAUGUUAUUCCAAUGUUAUUAAACUCAAAUAACCUGCAGGAUACUUUUUCUCAUAUCUUCUGGCAAAAAUAUGUAUUUCUUGCCAGUUGUGAGGUGUUCUUGUAAUCUUUGCAUAUCCCAUCCAUUUCCCAUGUCUAACUGAAACAACUGUACUGUGCUGCCCUCACUUCCAUGACAGUGUGGCGGCUUGUAGACACACCAUUCCUGACUUACACUGGAAAGUCCAUGUACAGAAUAUACAGUGAAUUUUUUUUGUACAAAACAUGUCAGUAUUUUGAGGUUAUGUCUGACAAUUUUAACAACCUGGUAAAUUAAUAUUAUCAUUAGGUUUCAUACAGUAAGUAUGAUACAGCACAGACUUAAAACUAAAGUUUUUGAUAACAUUCUUAAAAAGAAUUAUCACUUGGAACCUAUUUCAGUAGCUAAUAGAAGUGAAGUGACAAGAUUUUAGUAGUAUUUAGGUUUUCAUAGCAGUGUGAGCUUAUAUUACGGUCAUCUGUAUUGUUGCUCAAUGUAGCAACUUCAGGACUUUCCCCCUAAGUUUCCAUGGCUUGAGUCUAAUAAAUAGCUUCAGGGUUUAGUUGCAUCGAGUGUCAAAGGUUUAUCAUCAUUUCAGCAAACAGUGCAGUCUUCAGGUUGAAUGAAGAUGUCAGAAGCAGUAUCUGUUAAAAUGAUGGACCACAUUCUACUUAAUUUUUUUGUUGAACAAAUUUUAUGAGCAUUUUUCUUCUGUGAAGGGCUUUCUUGUAUUGUCUGACGCAGUAGCUAUGAAGCAUUAACCUGGUCACUCCUAUCUAGUGACAUUGUUAAGAAUGUACUUUACCUCUUGCAUCAUUUGCUUAUUUUUAAGUAUAUAAUGUAUAUUUAAUCCAUGUGUACUACUGUUUACAUAACGAGUCACAGUGUGAUGGUUGUUAUAAUUCCUAUUAGAAAGUACCUGUUGCUUGUUACACUUAUUGGAACACUCGACAUUCAUUUAAGAACGUGUAUUUUGUAUACGUGUUUAUGGAGCACAAAUAAAUUAAUUUUGUGGAAGCAUGUUAAUAUCCUUGCUAAGGUGUAGUUGAAAAUAUUAUAAAGUAAGAUUCAUUUCGGUAAUAGAAACUGUGCUAUUUUUAUUUUACAGCUUGCCAGUGACACACUUUGAUUAUAUUGUAGGAUUAAUCUUAUUUAUCUUGUUUUGUAAAAAUCAAAAGCAUGAUUUGCAUUGCCAUCAUGAUUUUAUUAUUACUGUCUAGCAUAUGAUAAUUACAUUUUUACAGCCAGUACAUACACUGUAUCAUUUGCGAUGGCUAUUAGGAUUUAGAAAUGAAUCGGUACAAUUUGUCUGCUGGCAUACAAAUAACAUUUUCUGGGUGUGCAUUUACUUAGCGCCAAGAGCUCUGGAAGUAGAAAAAAUAUCACUCAUUCGAGAACUGCCAUAAAAGUUACGUGGAUUUUUCAUACUGAUUAUAGAAAGAAUCAAGUUUAUUAAUAGCAGUACUUUUAAAAAGACCUUAUUCUAUUCUAACCUUUAGCAGACUGCUAAAUCGUUAACUCCAGAGUUAACGUCUGGCCAGCAGCCCAUAGUACAGAGGUUUAAAUCCCUAUUUCCACAUGAUAAACAUUUCACUUGUUUAUAAAUUAUGCCAAAAUUUCUUUUCUAAUAUCACAUUUAUGGGAUAAUGUAAAAAAAAAACUCAUUUUGUCAUUUCACCCUUUCUGUGAAUGCUCUUGACACCCAGAAUAUGCUAUGAUUUCUUCAUAACAACUUAUACAUAUUAUUCAAAUUCGUGUGUUUUUGUACAUCCUAAAGAGUUUAUAAUACAUUUAAACAUUUUUCAAGUGAAAUUGGUAAAUGUUUUUAAUCGUUAAAUGUAUUUGGGUAGUAAUGUAAAUAAGCUCAAGGAUGGCACAUUUUGAAAAACUUGAGUUAAUGUCCAUUUUAAACAAACGUAAAUACCUAGUAACAUGUGAUGAACAGUAAAAUGGUGGCUCAACAUGAAUGAUAGAACUUGACACUUAAUAAUAGUUCUAGAAUUAAGAAAAAACAUCUAGUUUCAUUGACUUUAAUUGUAUCAAAUAUUGGUGCCAAAUAUUAUAAUUAUAUAGUUUAUGUUUUAGAAUAAAGUCAAAGUAUUUUA